AUGGCUCUCGGACCCGAAUCCCAGGCAAAGACCAAGACCACAUGGCACAUCGGCGCAUGGGGUAACCCCUACGAGGGCGGUGGCCGACCCGGAAAGGGCAUCGUCACCUACCAGCUGAGCCCCAACCGACAGCGCCCCAUGGCCAACUUCCUCAGCAAGGGCUUCUGGAACGUUGUGCGCCGAUCCAAGAACCAGGUUCUCUACAUCGUUCCCCCGCUAGUUCUCGGAUACGGAGUGAUGCAGUGGGCAAUCGAGAGGAACGAAUUCCUCAACUCGAAGCCUGGCCGUGCUCUGUACGCCGAUGAGGAGUAG